CCGUCCCUGCGUGCGCCGACGCUUCCGGCUGCCGACAUGGCGGCGCAGAAGAUCAACGAGGGGCUGGAGCACCUCGCCAAGGCCGAGAAGUACCUGAAAACUAGUUUUUUAAAAUGGAAGCCAGACUACGACAGUGCUGCUUCGGAAUACGGAAAAGCAGCUGUUGCUUUUAAAAAUGCCAAGCAGUUUGAGCAAGCCAAAGACGCCUGCCUGAAGGAGGCUCUUGCCCACGAGAACAACAGGGCUCUUUUCCAUGCUGCCAAAGCUUAUGAGCAGGCCGGCAUGAUGCUGAAGGAAAUGCAGAAGCUGCCAGAGGCUGUUCAGCUGAUUGAAAAAGCCAGCAUGAUGUAUCUGGAAAAUGGUACCCCCGACACGGCGGCCAUGGCCUUGGAGAGAGCCGGAAAGCUUAUAGAAAAUGUGGAUCCGGAAAAAGCGGUACAGCUGUACCAGCAGACGGCUAACGUGUUUGAGAAUGAGGAGCGCUUACGGCAGGCAGUUGAAUUACUAGGAAAAGCCUCAAGGCUGCUGGUGCGGGGACGCAGGUUUGAUGAGGCAGCCAUCUCUAUUCAGAAAGAAAAAAAUAUUUACAAGGAGAUUGAGAAUUACCCAACUUGUUAUAAGAAAACAAUCGCUCAGGUCUUGGUUCAUCUGCAUCGAAACGACUACGUGGCUGCGGAGCGCUGUGUCAGGGAGAGCUACAGCAUCCCGGGCUUCAACGGGAGUGAAGACUGCGCCGCCCUCGAGCAGCUUCUUGAAGGGUAUGACCAGCAAGACCAAGAUCAGGUGUCCGAGGUCUGCAACUCACCGCUCUUCAAGUACAUGGACAAUGACUAUGCCAAGCUGGGGCUGAGCUUGGUCGUCCCAGGAGGGGGCAUCAAGAAGAAGUCACCUGCCACACCCCAGGACAAACCUGCUGGCGUCAGCACCGCAGCGGCCGAGGAGGAGGAAGACGAGUACUCCGGAGGGCUGUGCUAGUGCUCCACCCGCAGCGCCCAAGGGCAGAACAGGAAGGAGCUCCUCAGGCUUGGGACUGGGGCCCGGGGACUUUGCUUCGUAACGUCAGGAUUUGGAAUGCUCGUGCAGACCCCAUUUCCGUUACCAAUUCUCCAAGUCAGCCAUUGUACCUGCUCCCUAGAAGUGAUGGGUUGGGGUUUUUUUUUUUGUUUUUUGUUUUUUCAUGACAGGAGCAAGAAUUAGAACAUGUACUGCCAUGUUAAAUACAGUUGACUUUAAAAUUUACGAGCCGAACUUUAGCCUGAGUACAUUCUGAAGAACUGGUGGGGAUUCGACGGGCGCUCCUCGAGUGUGUUGGUAGAGCGUUCUCUGCACUUCAUUUCAUAACUGCUGCUAGAAGUAAGCUCUAUUGGUAAAAUAAUAUAUGUAUAUAUAUAGAUAUUGUUUUAAAAUGGGGUUUUUUUUUGUAUUGAAGAGGAAAUGUGUCCCCUAUGAUGUCAGAAAAUAUUUGAGUUGUCCAGUCUUUUCAGAAGUGAGGUUGGACAGGAAGCUGCUUGGAGCCUUACAAUGUUAGUCCGGAAAAGAUGCAGCGAAGCCGUCAUGUGUGAGCUGGCAGAGCCACGGGGAGCAGGACCAGUCUGUAACUGCGUGCUGUCCUCAUGGGGCGCCUGUUCCUUCCGUCCUAGACUCCAGGCUGGCUUAGUUUUUAUAUAGUGGGAACAUGCUUAGAAAGUGAUUUUAAGCAUCCUGAGAGAUGAUAGUAUCAUAAUUCUAGUGCAUAAUGCACUUUUUCCUCCCAGAAUAAUUUCUCAUUUAUUUUGAGUUGUAACUGCAAACAUCAAGCUGAGGCAGGAAAUGGUGUAUGCUACAAAAAGUUGGUUGAAGGGGGAGAAUUAUUUUUGAAAGACGUGUUUAAAACACCACACUAUCAGCAUUUUAUACCUUAUGCUUAUUUCCAAAAACAUGCCUUUGUAGCAUUCCUUUUUUUACUUUAAUUGGACAGAGGGUACCAGCGGCAGUAUGCUUUGUUCUGGCACGCACGCCCUGUCGCUAGCCUCACUGCCAACACUGAGGGGAGUCGGGCUCAGGCACAGCCGGCCUUCUCUGGGGGUGUGCCUGGGUGGGUGAGGCCCGUGCACAGCCCCCCUCGGGUCUCCUGGAAAACACUAAAUCACCUUGUGUCUCCCACGAUGACUUGCAGAGCUCUGCAGGUACUCGGCUCAUCUUCAAGGCCAUUACGGAGAUCAUGAAUGAGCCAAAUAAAGCUGUAUCUAAGGUUUUCUUUUUCAAGACAGAUCCUGUCAUUCUGAUACCCUUUUUUUUUUAACUUUUAAAACAUUUUUAUUUUAUGAUGCAAUUCCUUAGGCUCUAGGAUUCCCCCCCAACCCCCCUGCUAAGUCCCUUCCCCUCACUAAUUCCCCGUGUCAUUACAGCAGCGUAGGGCCUUGUGGGCAGUGCCACGUCCAUCAGUCAGCUGAGUGUGUCCUGACAGUGCGGAUGGCGCAGACCCUGACGGCCGGCAAGAACCUUCCCGAAUCACUCGAAUACUCGUUUUAGCUGACUAGUCUCGGCAGAUUUAGCAGCACUUUACAGACCGAAUAGACCAUCACAAACCCAGAAAAAAUUGUUUUCAUGUUAACUCUCCUUGCAUAGUGUAAAUUUAAACAAAUCCAUGCUUUCCAUCACAGCAGUACCCCUGAGCUUCAGGCAGCAUAAGCAGCCUGUCCCUCGGCCGCCUCUGCCCACGAGCACGUUCCUUGGAUGGCAGGGUCGUCAUGUAGGGUGUCUAAUGAAAAACAUUGGUUCCAUAAGCAUCGUUUUCUUUUCUGUAAGUCUUUUUUUUUUUUCCUGAGAGUACAGUCAGAAAUGGAAAACUCUGUGUUUACAAGAAAAAUGGUUUUCUAAAACCAUUGUGUCAUCCGUUUUACCCAAUGAGAGUGCAUGAAUAUGCUCAGAAUCUAGUAUUCAGUGUUCUCCUAUCCUGUACGUCUACAGAAUAUGCUUAAUAUAUUGGAUUUAUUUGUACAUACUCAGAUUGGUAUUUGUGUAUGGAAUUCUGUGCUGUAUUCCUUCUAUUUCCCUACUCUUUGAUGAGUGGGAUAUUAAGUGUAUAGAUACAGAAAUACAAAUUACUGUUCCUGUAGGAAGGUGAUUAUGAAAAUAAAACCUGGAACUACA